AUGAAACAAUUUUUAAGAACAAAACUGCUACAGGAUGUCGAAGGUACAUGCACAGGUAAAUUUGGUUAUAUUCUAUGUGUAUUGGAUUGUAAUAAUAUUGAAAUUGAAAGAGGGCGUGUUUUGCCAGGGGAUGGAAGUGCUGAAUUCACAGUGAAAUAUAGAGCUGUAGUUUGGAAACCGUUUAAGGGUGAAGUGGUUGAUGGUAUUGUAUCAAGCUGCACUGAUUUGGGGUUUGAAGUUGAAGUUGGUCCAUUAAAUGUUUUCAUUUCCAAAUAUUUAAUACCCGAAGAUUUAUUUUUUAACAGUGCUUCUAAUCCACCGUCAUAUCAAAGUUCUGAACAAAUUAUUAGUAAAGGAAGUCGGAUAAGAUUAAAGAUUGUUGGUGCUAGAAGUGGUGUUAAUUCUAUUUACGCUAUUGGUAGUAUAAAAGAAGAUUAUUUGGGUGUUAUUUAA